GACAUAUACAGUUGCUAUGGUAUGUCAUUAUGAAGAUUUCUCAAGAUACGGUCAUAAUGCACGCAUUCAAUAGCCGUACUUGGAAGCAGUAAGCAAUAUGCAGCAGUAGAUCGCCCAUUCUCUAUGUAUAUAAGAGCCAUGCAGGAACUAAACCCAACUUCCUCUUUCUCACAGUAUUUUUGACACCAGCUCAUCGACAACAGUUCAUCGACAACAGUUCAUCGGUACCAACAUAUCGAGAUCACCAUUUCGACAUCGGUACUUUAAUCACUAAAUACCACGUUAAAUCUCCACACCAUGACUUUCCUCUGCUGUUCUACCAAUAAGAAAGUCAAGGACACAAAAUCCUCAAUUCAAGAAGAUAUGAGAAGACCACUCGUCCUUCUUAGUCAAAACAUUAGCCGCGCCAAUCACCCUACUGAGAGACCCAGCUCUGACAUAACCGACGAAUCUAAGAAAGCCAUAUCUGCAUUGAUAAACCAACAUGAGCAAGCAAAGACUGAACUCGAGAACCACAAAUCAUCCGAGUCAAGAAUGAAGAAUGAAGUCGAAGAGCUGCGCACACAGAUCCAAGAGCUCCAUGAUACCGUCAAACAUGACCAAGAUGAUCUGAGGGAAUUGAACCGACUCAUAGAGGGGGGCGUUCAAGAAUCCUCUGCUACUUCCGAUACACAGGAAGCUCUUCUUGAAAAGCUAAUCGCCAGAGAAGCUGUCAUCGAUCGAGAAAUCUUCAAUCUCCGGGACGAUAAAGUCAUUGCGAGAGCCGAACUAUGGUUUUCCGCUGUAGGAAAAGUAGACGAGUCAAUCGCGCAUCCUGAUCAAGCUAGCCGAGACAGGAGCCUAGCAAUGCGCAAGGAAAUGUACAUUAGGACCAAACGUUCUAUUGCUCAUGAGACAAAAGCUGCGUUUAUAUCAGCAAAAGAGGAUAUCCACAAGCAGAAACUCGAAAUAUCGCGCGAUGACAGUGUAGAAGGACAUGUACCACUUGCGCCUCCUUCUCCUAUCUCCAUGGAUAGCGAUCAAAUCUCAUUUGUAGCAGGAAGUUCACUUGGUGAUCCUUUCGUCGAGAAUGCUCUACAAAACCGAGAUACCUCUUGGGGUACAAUCAAUAUCGACGGAGCAGAUUCCUCCAUUGUACUGAGCCAAACCUUUGAUGAGGAUAACCAGGCAGUUGCAGACAGUCAUAGGGCAACAAUUGAAGAGAAUCAAUCCCUCAAACUUCAAAUCCAAACUACUGAGCGGAAACUCCAAGAAUGGGAGGGAAAUUUCGAUCGCUUUAAACUCGAAACCCGAGCCACUAUUGAGAGACUAGCUUCCGAGGUCUCGCUUAGUGAAGAGGCUCUUGAGGCUUAUAGAAACGUUAUGGAAGACGCCGAUGAAGCUCGUGGGCAACUAGAACAUGAUCUAGCACAGAUAGAAGAAGAUAAAGCCCGUCUUUGUGUUAUAGUUGAAGAAGUUGGUCUUCCUAUAUUAGCACGAAAUGCAGAGAACAUGAAGAGAAUCAAGCGCGAUGGCGUUUUUACAUCACUCGGUAUCAGUCAUAUUCCAUUCAACGAACUCCUUGUGCACAACGGAAACUAUGCCGCAACUGGAGGUCACAUCGAUGCACAUUUUGCAUCUAUGCUUUUGUGCGAGCAGGAAGUUGUGAGUGGCCCUGUCAUCAGUCACGAAAUGUUUCUCAACAUUUAUGGCGUUUCUGUUGGUGAAUACCGUCACUUGUAUAAAGUGUCGGACAGACUGGACGAGAUGUUCAAUAUGCAUGCAAUGCUUGUUGAAUCUGGUUCUUUUACUGAAAAGACACUCUCUGAGACUCGAGACUCUUUGUUUCAGAAUUUGUUCACGCAGGGUUUGCUUCAAUUCGAAACAAUUGACGCACUUGACAUGGCAGAGAAAGGUCGUAUCUUCGAUGGGCAGGAUGGGGAGGACCAAAUUCAAACAUUCAAUGAAAUGUUAGAUAUUGUGAAGGAUAUCAAGCGAAUGCAGAGCGAUGCAAAAUUGGAAUCGGUUUCUGAGCAAUCGAUUUCGGAGCAAUCGGUUUCUGAUCCUGACUAAACCAAUCUGCAUAUAUCAUGAGAUCUAUGUAGAUUCUUUCGAACGCUGUUGAGUCUCUCGUCUAACUCUGGUUGGGGAAAUAAAGCAUGAAAGCUAGUACUAGCAAAAUAAUAAUACAAGGUCA